UAGAAUAACAUCAAAAAAUAAAAGUACCAGACUACUGAAGAAACUUAAUGCACAACUCUUCUUAGUGUACCUGAUCCAUUUAUGCUUUGAGGAAAGGCAAAUGCAACUGUUAGAAUACAUUUUAUUAUAGAUUGUGAUUGAACUAGACAAUUACACAUAGUACGUGUAAGCAACUAUGGCAGAACACUAUGAACACGAACUAAAGUCAAUUGAGCUACGUUUAAAAAAUUGGUUUCUAACAAGGCGUGUUUGUAUGGAAAAAGCAAGUGCUCUAAAGAAUUUCUUUUCACAACAUAACGUUACAGUGUUAGGAGAAAACGCUUUUGAAAAAGAUUGCUCUAAGACGGACGCUGUAAUGUGGAACGAUUUGACACAAGAAAAGCCUUUUAUAAGCUGUCAACUUUCUUACAACGCACAAUUGAUGAAAGCUGAAAUGUAUAUGACUAUGUUUAAAAACUCAACAAAUAUUACGCAUCCUUGCCGCCAAUCAGGUGUUUCGUAUCUUCAAUGUAUAAAAAAUUCGUUACCCAUUACCUCGUUAGACGAUAAACAAAACCAGUGUGACCGUUUAUUUGAUACUUUUGCGUUAUGCCGAACGCAAUUAGCGGAUUUACAAAAAAAAAACCUCGAUUCGUCAUUAAGGAAUCAAGACAUUGAAGAUACGAUGGCGGCUGAAUUGUUCAGAAAACGGCAUGAACUAUUAUCCAAAAGAACGAAUCAAUAA